UCAACAUUUUGUUCACUUAACCGGAACGCGUUUGUCUACCGGGUGUCUGGCAAAUCUAGCAAUUUGAUCGGCAACACGACCAGACCCAGGCGACUUGAACCCGGUUAUUUUCAGCGACGUACUAUUUCGGGAUAGUGCAUGUCGUGGCGCGGGGUGCCACGAAGAAAUCAGUUUACGGGGAAACUUGGUCGAGGUAGGUCGUUCUACGUAUGUUUGCAUACCGGCAAUUAGGGGCUCAUACUCUGCCUCGAGCAUCACCGAACUUGGACCUUUUCGUAAAAUCUCAACGUAGUGCGCAAUGGAGUAUCGUUGAAUGUCGAAAAUUAAUUGCUCGCUGAAACAUGGAUGUGUACACACGUAAUAAUAAUGUAACGACAGUGUCACUCGGAUGCCAAAGUCGAAACCAUUAACGAACGUGUUCGUGCAGCUACCUCGAGGAGUCAAGGUCUUGACGAAGACUCGCGCCCAAUACAUUCGUAUAAUUAUUCGCAGUGGUAUCAGUAAGACUCUGAGAAAAAAUGAUCUACAAGAAGAAAUGAAAAUUUCAAACUUAAUAAAUGCGUCUUUCUAGCACGUGGCUUUUCAUCAGUCGUUUAUCUAGCGUAACGAUAUAUGUAUAGACGUGUGUCUCCAAGUAUAAACGCAAAAUCAAGCGAGAUCGCGAGAAAGCUACAGGGUUAAUGGUGAUUCCUACCGUUCAUCAUCGCGCCUACGUCAGAACAUGAAAUUACCAAUCUCUUUUCGAGACGAAUGUUGAUCAAGAAUAUACGGUACGCUGUUCCAACUAGAUUUACACUAUCAAGUAUUUGAUUAUCAGAAACAUCAUUUGAUAGAGCUGCUUUUUAUAGAAUAGCAAACAACUCGUUUUUCUAUUAAAACUUGUAAAUCCGAUUAAUUUAUUUCCAACUUGCGAAAAGUCUCUGGAAAAAUCACAGAGAUUUAAUUAAAGUCGGAUUACACCCCGCGCCGACUUGGGGGAAAUCGUCGAUCAUUUUUCGCGGGAUCGUAAACAGUUUCACAAUAGAUUUUGUUAAGCGGCCAAGUGACUCGUCUCUCCCGACGACGUUCUCGAUUCCCUGCGGAUCACGAGCAAGUCAAUAGCAGAGACUCGGAGAAUCAACUGUGCCGCGGAGGCAGACGAGACUCGGAGAUAGGACGUUUCCCAUUAAAUUUGCCCGGCGUAAUUCUCCAUUAGCCCUGGUCAAUACUCGCGCAUAAGAGUUGGCCAUCUUCUUACAUCGAAUCUCCUUAUAUUCUGUCGUAUCGAUCCGUUACAUACGGUUCUAUUAGUUUGUUUGUACCAACGUUUUUGAAACUAACUUGAGGAAAAAUCCGUACAACGCUUGAAUGACUCGUGCAUCGAAAUUAGCAAUCGAGAUUCCUCUGGCCUUCGAGCGAUAGAAGGAAGAUGAUAUUACGGAACGAGUCAAUUCUUCGGCUGCGGUUUUCGAAACAACAACGUGAAUUCCUGCGGUGAGUUUGCGGUAUUUUUGCGAAAUCAAAGACGUGUUGCAAUCGGCAAUGAAUCGUUAGAAUCCAAGUAACGGCAAGAGAGCUCGACGAUCGGAGAGAAUUGGACGAUCCGCAAGCGUGAUGGUCACACAAGUGACACGAUUGAGGUGACAUCGUCGCGAGAAGUCGUCAUUGUCGAUGGAAACGGACAGAACGUCCCGUUCGUCGGCCAGUAGGAGCUGGCAGCGUGGAAGUUAUCGCGGCCGGGGCGGAAGACGACGGAAACGCAGGCGGAAGCCGUGGGGUGAGCGGAUCGCCGACUGGACCAGGGCGCUGAUAGCCUUCCUCUUCAGUAACGUCGGCAUCGUAUGUCUGGUGGUGGGCUACACUAUAGCAGGCGCCUUCCUAUUCACCCACAUCGAAGGUAGAACCAGCUUGGAUGUCGCCAGUGAUGUCAUCAAGCUAAGAAAUCUGACAGCCGCCACUCUUUGGGAGCUAACUUCCAAGGAAAAUGUCUUUUCGGAAAAACUCUGGAAGGCAAAAGUGAGGGACAUUCUCGAGAAUUACCAGAAAAAGGUAGUGUCGGCCAUAAAAAAUGGGUACGACGGUGUGGAGGAAAAUAAGUGGACUUUUGCCGGUGCUUUUCUGUAUUCUCUUACUGUGAUAACGACUAUCGGUUACGGCAACAUUUGUCCCAGAACGAAAUGGGGCAAAGUCGCGACUAUAGUUUACGCGAUAAUAGGGAUGCCGCUUUUCCUUCUCUAUCUGAGCAAUAUCGGCGACAUUCUGGCCAGAAGCUUCAAAUGGAUCUACGCCCGCUGUUGCUUGUGCAAAUGUCGAAGCAGACGGUACGGCGCGGCAAGUGCGAGAACGUCGGAGGUACCGAACGAUCCGGCUGCGAAAAGAGACAGGUGGCAGAUUGUAAGCUCGUAUGGUGGGGAGGUAGACACGUCGAGUUUGGAUGUAGAAGAAACUUUGGCUAGAGACGACGACGUUAACCAAGGCGAUGGCAACGACGACGACGACGAAAGCGAGGAGAGCAACGAUCCUCAGCACGUGACGGUGCCGUUAACUCUCUGUCUCGCUAUUAUGGUGGGGUAUAUUUGGGGAGGCGCAGUUUUGUUUUCAAUGUGGGAGGAUUGGAACAUGCUGGACGGUUCUUACUUCUGCUUCGUCUCUUUGUCGACUAUAGGUUUCGGCGACAUCGUCCCUGGCGACAAGAUCUACUCCGGGCAGGGCCUCGAUUUGUCUUUCAUCAUCUGUUCCAUGUACCUGAUGCUCGGAAUGGCGCUGAUCGCUAUGUGUUUUAAUCUCAUGCAAGAGGAAGUGAUGGCGAAAAUACGUAGCCUAAUGCGCAUCGUCAAGUACAUCUUCAGAUAUGAAAGAUGACCAACGAGUUUCCAUCGUGAUCCCGCCGAUCACCGAGAUAACCGAUGAGGAAUACGGGAAACGUAGCGGACAGCCGAGAAACCACAAGCCGUACCUUAUCC